AUGCCUGAGCUGGUUAAGGCGAGUGUCAGCGUUGCUUCGGACCAACCUGAUGACAUGUUUCUAGGAUGUCUUGCCUCGACUCAAUAUCUUUCUCUGUGUUCUCUCACUUCACAGAAACACUGUGUCCAGCACGACACUAUAGACUCAUGGAACCAACCAAGUCAUGUUCCUGAAUCUUUAACAUCCCAUCUUGAGACCUUCGAGUGGAGACAAUACAAGGGCACAGAGAAAGAGAGAGAGAGAGAGGCUGCAAUGUACAUUCUAGCCAACGCGACAUUCUACUCAGAGAAGCAUGAGAUAUUGAAGGAGUUGGAAUGUGUAGCCAAAGAGGUUCAAAGUUCUUGCACGUUUAUAUUUGAGUAA